AAAUGUUUAGAGUUCAUGUUUCACCCUUUAAACAACCAUGAUCGAUUCUACAGGAGUAUUAAAGUUUUUUUUUAUAGUAACCUUUAUAAAAACUAUAAAAACUAAGUCAUGAGUUUACGUGUAGAUACUUGGUAGAAAAGGUGCAGGCUGUUUUUUAAUCGAUAAUCAAAUGUUGGUCAAGAGUCAGUGGUGAAGAUCAGAUUCUGUUUCAACUGUUGAUAUUCAUCAUGGAUGACACACAAACAUCCAGAGAUGAACAUUUUUCUCCAGGAUGCAGUUCAGUUCAUCAGAAGAGAUCAGAACCAGAGCCCAGCUGUGUGUCUGUGAGGAGUGAUGCGUCUAUGGAUCUGCCAAUAGUGUUUAAGAGUGGAGAUACACAGACUGAUCUCAGUUCAGUUCAUCAGAAGAGAUCAGAACCAGAGCCCAGCUGUGUGUCUAUGAGGAGUGACGGGUCUACAGGUCAUCAAAUACAUUUUCAGAGUGGAGAUACACAGACUGAAAUGAGCCAUGAAGUCCUCAACACAUUUAAAUCAAAUCUGAUGAAGAAGUUUGAGUGUCUGUAUGAGGGAACAGCACAGCAGGGAAACCCAACACUCCUGAAUGAGAUCUACACAGAGCUCUACAUCACAGAGAGUGAGAGUGGAGAGAUCAGUAAUGAGCAUGAGGUGAGACAGAUUGAGACACAAUCCAGGAGAGCAGAAACAGAGGACACACCGAUCCAAUGCAAUGACAUCUUUAGACCUUUACCUGGACAAGACAAACCCAUCAGAACUGUGCUGACAAAGGGAGUCACUGGCAUUGGAAAAACAGUCUCUGUGCAGAAGUUCAUCCUGGACUGGGCUGAAGGGAAAGAGAAUCAGGACGUCCAGCUCAUUUUUCCACUUCCUUUCAGAGAGCUUAAUUUGAUGAAGGACAAAACACUUAGUCUUUCAGAUCUUCUUCAUGUCUUUUUUACUGAAACAGAAGAAAUGGAAAUAUCCACUGACAAAUAUAAAGUAUUGUUCAUCUUUGAUGGUCUGGACGAGUGUCGUCUGUCUCUGGAUUUUCAGAGCGAUGUGAGGUUGUGUGAUGUAAGUGAACCAGCCUCAGUGGACGUGCUGCUGAUGAACCUCAUUUUGGGGAAUCUGCUUCCCUCUGCUCUCAUCUGGAUCACCUCCAGACCAGCAGCAGCUGAUCUCGUCCCCUCUGAGUGUGUCUAUCGAGUGACAGAGGUACGAGGCUUCAGUGAGCCACAGAAGGAGGAAUACUUCAGGAAGAGAAUCAGUGAUCAGAGUCUGGCCAAUACAAUCAUCACACACCUGAAGUCAUCAAGGAGCCUCGACAUCAUGUGCCACAUCCCAGUGUUCUGCUGGAUCUCAGCCACUGUUCUAGAGAAGAUGUUGAGCGAAGCAGAGAGUGGAGAGAUUCCCCAGACUCUCACUCAAAUGUACACACACUUCCUGAUCCUUCAGACCAACAUCAAACAUGAGAAGGACUAUGAGAAGAACGUGACAGAUGAAGACAUGAUCCUCAAACUGGGGAAACUGGCUUUUCAGCAGCUUGUGAAAGGCAAUGUGAUCUUCUAUGAGGAAGACCUGAGAGAGUGUGGCAUUGAUGUGACAGAAGCAUCAGUCUACUCAGGAUUGUGCACUCAGAUCUUCAGAGAGGAGUUUGGCUGGUAUCAGGGGAAAGUCUUCUGCUUUGUUCAUCUGAGCGUUCAGGAACAUCUAGCAGCUCUAUAUGUGCACCUCUCCUGUACAAACAACAACAGAAAUGUGUUUGACCAAAUCAACAAACAGAGUUUGUGGUCUAAAGUUAAGGACUGGUUUCAACUCAAUUCAUCAGAACAUGUUUCAUUAUCUGAGCUGCAUCAGAGAGCUGUGAAUGAGGCUCUACAGAGUAAAAAUGGACAUCUUGACCUUUUCCUGCGGUUUCUUCUGGGUCUGACAGUGGAGUCUCAUCAGAUUCUCCUUCAAGGACUAAUAAAACAGACAAGUAGCAGAUCUGACAGCAAUGAGAAAACAGUCGAGUACAUCAAGAAGAAGAUCAGGAUCAUUGAUUCUCCAGAGAAAUCCAUCAAUCUGUUCCACUGUCUGAAUGAACUGGGUGAUCAUUCACUAGUGGAUGAAAUACAACAGUAUCUGAAAUCUGGAAGAAUAAAGGAAGCCAAACUCUCUUCAUCUCAGUGGUCAGCUGUAGCUUUUGUGUUGUUGACAUCAGAGAAGAAGCUGGAUGAGUUUGAUCUCAAGAUGUUUGUAGGAGGAAACAAUAAAGCUGAAGAUAUGAAAGUUUUUCAGAAGCUGCUGCCCGUGAUUAAAGAAUCCAGAUCAGUUCAGUUGAGUUAUUGUGAUAUCACAGAUGAAGGUUGUGCUGCUCUGGCUUCAGCUCUGAGAUCAAACCCCUCACACCUGAGAGUACUGGAUCUGUCAUGGAAUAAAAUAGGAAAAUCAGUGAAUCUGCUGUCUGAUGUACUAUAGGAUCCUCACUGUAAACUGGAGAAACUGUGGUUGUUUGAUUGUGGAGUCACAGAUGAAGGUUGUGCUGCUCUGGCUUCAGUUCUGAGAUCAAACCCCUCACACCUGAGAGAACUGGAUCUGAUUGGGAAUAAUCUAGGACAAUCAGGAGUGAAGUUGCUCUCUGAUUUGAAGUAUGAU